AUGAGAAUGGACGACGAUACCAUGCCUAUCAUCAUGGCUCCUAUUGGUAUGCCAUGGGUUCAGCAAUUGGAACCCUUUACAGCGACUAAUAUUCUUUCUAGGGGCCCUAAUGACGAGCGCGCAAUGGAUCAUCUCGAUCUAGGUCAUCAUCUAUAUAGUCUUAUGCUGCAAGGAGAGUUGUACUUGGUACCGAUCUCAAAAAAUCCCCAGAACGUCUUGGACGUCGGGACUGGAACGGCAUCUGGGCAAUGUCAUGACUUCGCGAGCCUCCACCCAUCAGCAAAAGUGAUUGGGACUGAUCUCUCGCCAAUCCAACCCAGUCUAGUGCCACCAAAUCUUCAAUUUGAGAUUGACGACUGUUGUGAUGAAUGGGUAUAUGCGGCUAAUAGUUUCGACUUUAUCCAUGUGCGGGGCCUAUAUGGCUGCGUUGCUGAUUGGGACAAGUUUUACAAAGAAUCAAUGAGACACCUAAAACCAGGGGGUUAUAUGGAGCAAGUGGAAAUCUCUGUCGUACCCAAGUCCGAAGAUGGUAGUGUCGACGGUACAAUCUUUGAGAAAUGGGGAGUAGUGUCCCUUCAGGCCGGGGAUGCCUUCGGAAAGACUCUGAGAAUAGUCGACGAGGCCAAGGAUAGAAUGAUUGCGGCGGGAUUUGUUGAUGUCGUUGAGCGUCGUUUCAAGCUCCCCAUCGGGCCAUGGCCCAAGGACCGUCAUCUGAAGGAGCUGGGGCUCUAUAACAGGCUUUACUGGGAAGAAGGCAUCCAAGGAUGGACAAUGAUGCUUUUGACAAGCAUCCUCAAGUGGAAACGAGAAGAAGUCGAAUUGUAUCUAAUGGAAGUUAGACAGGGUUUACGGAACCCAAAAUACCAUGCCUAUCAUGACUGUACUGUUGUGUAUGGACGAAAGGCACCUGAAAUUCCGGAAGAGGAAUGAGAAGAACAACAAUAAGCUGAUAUCGAGAUUCUUGCCGGUACUACUGUGUGGUAGUGAUUCAGGAUUUAGUACCAUAGGUUA